UUGUAGGGUUUUGUGCAUGUUGGAUUGUUGAUUAGGAUUUAGGAGGCAGUGCGGUGCAGAGCAGAAAAGCGAUGGAUGCUUUUUCAUCGUCGCCGUCAAGUGGGUCGCCAUCCCAGCAAUUCUCGGCGGAUGAUUUCAAGGACCAGCUCAAGAACCAGUUUGCCCAGGCUUAUGCUGAGGAGUUCCUCGAGACCAUAAGGGGGAAAUGCUUUGAAAAGUGUAUUACAAAACCAGGGUCAAGCCUGAGUGGGGGUGAGAGUAGUUGCAUUUCUAGGUGCGUGGAUCGCUACAUUGAAGCGACUGGUAUUAUUAGCAAAUCUCUUUUUAGCGCACCACGCUAAAAUUUUGGAGUGGAGAGUUUCUUGAAGAAUAUCAAAGUUGCUUCAUUUCAGAGUAACUACAGAUAGAUGAGUAGAGAUUGUAUUUGUGGUAUGUUAUCCCAUUUAUGAUGUUUAUCAUGGGCACAAAUGUCUUCACAUUAAGGACUGAUUUAUGUACUUGAAUAUUUUUUUCCUUGCAAACUCUGUCACUCUUAGCA